AUGCGAAAAAAGUGUCAAAAUUUUUCCUCUUUGUUGGUGGCUCUUAGAAAUAAAAUGAAUAUGGAUGAAUCUUUUAAAAAAUUGGCUGAUGAGUCAGAUGUUAUGAAUCUGGAUAAAGUUUUUCACAUUAAGUUGCUACGAAAAGCUUGGGAAUUCAGAGAAAGAAAACAGAUAACAAUAAUUAUGAUUUUGG